GACAUCACCCUUCUGUUUAUAUCGUAAGAGUCGCUAACCCUUGUUGCAUGGAAUCUUAUUUUUUAGACACAUUUAUAAAACUAGAAAAAUAGCUACCUCACAAUUGUUUGAUGGCAAUGGGCGGUCAUGGGGUGAUGGCGAACGAGGAAUCUUUGGAUUACUCCGUCCACGAGGCGUGGAACGAGGCCACCAACGUCUAUUUGCUCGUCAUUCUGGUUAGCUUCGGACUGCUGAUGUACGCUAGAAAAAAUAAGAGGAAGAUCAUGAGGAUAUUCGCUCUGCCGCCUACCGCUGGAGCCACUACCGAACCCAACUUCUACGACAGUCUGCAGAAAGUGAGACUGCGUCAGCAGCUGGAGAUGUACUCCUUUGCGAGGAAGUUUGACCAGCAGCAGCACCAAUGCCAGAGUGAAAGUGUUCAGCUCUCUAUGGAAUGAGACCACGACAAUAGUGUAGCAUGACCCUGCAUCAUGCCUGCCUGCUCCACCCAGUCUCUCCACCCUUAAGCCUCUUUGGCUUUGGUAAGUCUGAUCAUUACAACACUCCUGAAGAGGGCAUGUGUAUUACGGAGGAAGAACUAGAGGGUCAAUGAAGGUUUCUGUGAUUAAGACUGUCGUCACGUCAAAUCGGCUGUGUUUGCACAAUUAUUGCUGUAGGAUUGAAACAAGGACAAUGAUGGAUCUGUUUAUGAAGAUUUACGAAACUGGAUGUUCCCUUUUCAUUUCUGUUAUUUUUUUGCAUUUAUUUAGCCUUUUAAUGUAUUUUUUCUUUUAAGCCCCUUGUUUUUUUGUGUGUGGAUGUGUCGCCACAUAGUGGUUAUAGGAGGACCUACAUCCAGUGUAUAUGGUGAAUUCUGUACAGCACCUAUUAAAAUUCUAGUCUUAAACUCUAAAUAACAUGUAUUUGUACCAUACAAUUAUGGUACAACAAGAACCAUUUAAUCAAGCAUAUCUAUGUAAAUGUUUGGUUGUCAAGAACUGAUUUGUUUCCCAGUUUUUGAUCCUCCUAUAAAUUCCUUUUUAAUGGCAUUACAACAGACCUGGGAAAGUGUUGCUGAUCCUUUGCUACAAGGACCUUUGUGGUCCAAACGGAGAGUCGCUCUCUUUCAUGUUGAGAGGGUCAAAGUUGACUUUUCCCCACUCCAAUUGCUGUUUCUGAAAAGGAAAUGCAUUUAUAUUAUUACUCUGAUUCAAAAUAAAGAAAACAAGGUCAAA